AUGGCGAUGACCUUCUUCACGGUGGCCGUCAGCCGCAGGGCCGCCGCCCUGGUGCCACGUCGCCCAAAGCAUCGUUCGAAGGUGAACCCGCAGGACCAUGUCUUGACGCCAGCCGCGCCAACCACUGCGGCGGUCAAUGCGUCGGCGACCGCAAUUCGAAAGCAGAUCUCAAUAAUCCCCUGGUUCAGCGGCAUCCGAUCCGGGAUCAUGCCGGCGCCCUCGCGGCGGCUGCCGGCCGGCUUCAAGCUGAACAGCAACGGCAUCACUUGUCUGGUGGUCAUCGUCGGAAGUGCAUUCGUCGUCGAGCAGUUGUCGUACCUGGCCGACGCCGCCCGUUACUUCAUGUCCACUGACAUCGAGCUGUUGGACGACAACAGCUCUCGAUGGAAGGUCGAUCAGCAGUUCUCGAAGGCGCUCUACUACUCGAUCACUGACUGUCUGGUGAACGUCUCACAGGUGGUGGCUCACUCGAUACACUUCUACUGCUUCUUGACCUUCAGCCGAACUUUCCGCAACACAUUCUACCGUCGGAUGUCCAAGAUCAAGCAUUCGGUCGUCUUCUUCACGCGGCUGCUGAAGAACCUUCUGUGGCCAUGA